AUGAGCAAGCGCCAGCAGAAACGGCAGCGCCACGAGCAGAAGAGUCAGCUCCGCCGAAAGCAGCUCGCAGCGGCGUUGCACGCCAAGCGUAUCGCGAGUAGCGGGGGAGGCGGGGGCGCGGGAAAACCUCAGCGGAAGAGUGCAAAGGGAGCGGCUCAGACGAGAGGCGGUGGGGGCAGCAGGCGGGGAGCAGUGGAGAAGGCAAAGAAGGGGCUGGUGGAGGCGCGCGGCGAGGCGAGGCACGCGGGCGCGUGGAGGGAUCGAAGAAACGAUGCGGUGGUGGGAGCGGAGGACAGAGACGGCGGCGAGGAGCGGAGAGAGAGCGCGGGCGGAAGCCCAGAGACUGGGGAGGAGCAGGCGGGGAGGGCGGAGGGGGGUGAGAGCUCUGAGGUUGGCGGGGAAGGUGCGGGCGGGAUGGGUUCGAAAGGGGGGGUUGAGCGCGGCGCUGUGGAGGUGAGGCUGCAAGGGGACGAGGGAGGUGGGGGCGGUGAUGGGCGGGGCAGUGUGCGAGUGGUAGGGGGGCGGAUGGGGGGGGCGGACGAUGCAGGCACGGAGGGCAAGGAUGGGGGAAGGCCCUUUGGAGUGAGGAGCAGUGAGAAGCGAGGGAUGGAGGAAGAAGCGGAGGGGGAGGACGAGGAGGACGAGGAGGGGGGGGGAAGUGGGAAGGAUGAAGGGGAGGAGGAGGAGGAGGGAGAUGAGGAGGAGGAUGUAGCAAGGAGAGGCAAAGCCCAACAUGGGCACCUCCCCCUCCGCUUCUCUCUCCCUCCUAUCUUUCUAUUUUCUCCCCCUCACUCCUCUCAACCGCGCCUCUACAUUCCUCCGUCACUCCGCAUUCUCUGCUCUUCACUUGCCGCCCCCCACCCCCAUUCUCUGCUCUUCCAUUGCCGUCCCCCACCCCCAUUAUCUGCUCUUCCCGUGCCAUGCGCCACCCCCAACAACUAUGCCAUGGCACAGCGCAUUCUGCUGGUGGGCGAGGGCGACUUCUCCUUCACGCGUGCUCUCCUGCGCCUCAUGGCGCCCGCGCGCCCACUGGCCCUCUUCGCCACGGCGCUUGACUCGCGCCACACCAUCGUGCAGAAGUAUGGGGAGGAGGCGGGCGCGGUGCUGCAGGAGGUGGAGGCGGGCGGGGCACACGUGCUCUUCAAUGUCGACGCCACUCGCCUCGCUCACACUCUGCACCUCGGCAAGCGGCGCAGGAAGGGGAAAGCAAAUCCGUUGGAAAAGCCUUUUGACCGGAUAGUGUUCAACUUCCCCCACGUGGGGCUCGGCAUCAAGGACGAGCGCAUCAACGUCCAGCGCAAUCGGCAGUUGCUAUUUGACUUCUUUGUGAGUGCAGCGCCGCUGGUGGCGCCGCAGGGCGAGGUGCGAGUGUCGCUGCGCACGGGGCACCCGUACAGCCUGUGGAACGCACCCGCGCUGGCGGAGGAGUCUCGUGCGCUGCGCCUCAAGUUCACCCACCGCUUCCAUGCCGACCACUUCCCAGGCUAUGGCCACCGACGCACCAUUGGAGGCAAGACGGGAGUGAUGGUGGAGAACACGGAGGAGGGCAGCAAAUCAGUGGGAGCAAAGACAUUCGUCUUUUGCCAUCGCAAUGCACACCCGCCAAGAUCACCCAAUGCUGGUGUGGUGGCCCGGAAGAAAAUGCGGUGA